AUGGGAGAAGAUGGCGAAGUAACGUCCAGGACUGUCAAAGGAAAUGGAACUUCGCUUUCCUCGCUGCUGUCACCCCAGCGAGAGAAGAAGCGCGGAUGUCGUGCUCGACGAGAGCUGGCAGCAAAGCUCGCUCUCGAGGAGGAGGAGAGGAACGGCUGUCCAGCUGAGGAAGAGCCCGAAAAAGCGAAGAUUCGCUACACCCUGCUUCAGGACGCUCCUGUUUACUACGGUGCCUAUAUGAGAAGAGGUAGCGUCAUUUUAAUCCAUUUGUGCCGUUAG